UUUUGCUCUCAACGUGCUUUAUGUCAAAAAAAGAUUCUUUGACAUAUUGUGCAACUGAUUUCUUCCCAUUCAUCGCGUAAAAAGUGUUGAGGGAAAAUUUUCACAUACCUUCAGAGCUGCAUUUAAGGGAAACAAAACCAGCAACAAGUUAAGUGUGUGCGUGUGUGUCACCAGGAGUAACCAGCCUAACAAAUUAGUAAAAUGAUUUUCCAACAAUUCACCAGAUUCUUGCACACCACCCGCAUUGUUUAUGCCGGCGCAGAGAAAAGUGCAUUAGCAGCAUUAAGGAAAAAGACCGGCUACACAUUUGCCAACUGCAAAAAGGCACUGGAAAUGCACAAUAAUGAUAUUAAUUUGGCUGAAAAAUGGUUGAAUGAACAGGCCCAAAGUCUUGGCUGGUCUAAGGCUACUAAGUUGGCCGAAAGAGCUACUGCUCAGGGUUUAGUUGGUGUUUUAAUUAAGGGCAAUAUCGGUGCCAUGGUGGAAGUUAAUUGCGAAACUGAUUUUGUGGCCCGCAAUGAAAAUUUUAAAAAUUUUGUAGACCAUGUGUCCAGAGUAUGUGCUCAGUAUAAAGAAUUAACCCAAUUUGAUGGUGACUUAUGGAAGUCUGGUUUUGAGGCCGAUGCUUUGAAAAAUCUUAAAACAUCCGAUGGCAAAACUUUGGCCGAUCAUUUGGCCUUAUUAAUUGGCACAGUAGGUGAAAACGCCUCUAUUAAGCGUGCCAUUUGUUUCAAGGUCAACAAUGAUUUGAAACUUUCGGGUUAUGCUCAUCCUCAGGCCACUACACAAGAAUCAACACAAAAUAUUACACAAGUUGGUAAAUAUGGUGCCAUUGUAGCAUUCCGCGGCAAUAACGUUGAUGAGGAUUUACAAAAGAACCUCUGUCAACAUAUUGUCGGUAUGAAUCCCAAAAAAGUGGGUGAAGCUGAUAAGGAUAAACCCAUGGCCAAUAAAGACGAUGAAACAUGUCUUAUUCAUCAGGAAUAUUUAAUUGAUGAUGACAAGACUGUCGGUGAGGUUUUACAAGAAAACAAUCUUUCUAUUAUUGACUAUCAACGUUAUGAAUGUGGUGAGGCUGCUGCUAAUGAGGAAUUGGAAAAGGCCAAACUCAGUAAUUGACAAAUGCGCAAAAGUAGAGAUGGCAAAGAUUAGUAGUUAUAUUAAUGUGGGUGAAAACAUUUUUAUUUAGUUUUAAUAAAUGUUGGACAUGUUUUUGAAUGAAACAUAGCAAUUAAAAUAAAAGUUUGCUUUGAUUGUUAAAUGUAGAACAUAAGAAAGCAAAUAAGUUAACUAAUUAAUUAAUAAAUAUGUUGUUAUUUAAAAUAGCUUAUUGAAAUUUAA